CUACGCAUGCGUAUAAAUUCAAUCUUCCAAGGAGGUCGCUGUGUACCGCUGUGUAAAAUACGGAAACAAUACUCUAUAUUUGAAUGGGAUAUCACAUUUGUUUAUUUUUUAGUGAAAAUCUUAGUAUUGUUUUUAGUCGAAUUUAAUUUCUUAAUGGAGUUUAUACCAAAAGGAUAAUUCAAAUGGAGAAAAUACAAGAUCAGGAACGUUUAGCUACUCUUAUCCACCAGUGGAAUCAGGACCACUACGAUAUUUUUGAACUUAGUAGGCCAAACGAGAAUUUGGAAUUCCAUGGUGUAGUGAGAUUUUAUUUCCAGGACGGUGCAAACGUAGUGACAAAAUGUAUACGUGUAGCCAGUACGGCCUCCACGAAGGAGGUUGUCGAUGUUUUGAUAGAGAAGUUCCGUCCAGAUAUGAGAAUGCUGACAAGAAAUUCAUAUGCUUUGUAUGAAGUCCAUGUAAAUGGAGAUGAAAGGAGAUUACUAGACAAUGAAAAAGUAUUAUUUGUACAACUUAACUGGGGCAAAGAUGUCAGAGAGGGACGAUUUCUCCUUAAACAAGAGGGUGUUCCUACAAUAUCAGCCAUGGAUAAAGAAAAUACUGGUACUAAUAAAACAUUCACCAGAAAACUGUCUAAAAGAGAGAAAAAAGAAAAGAAAAAGCAAGAUAAACAGAAGCAGAAAGACCAUGGUGGAGGUUUAGCUGACAAGCUGUAUACAGAUAUGCCCGAGUCAAAGUUCACCAGGUCUAUCUCAAAUCCUGAGGCUGUCAUGAAAAGGAGAAGACAGAUGAAAGUAGAGAAGAAAUUACAACAGUGCCGAGGACAGGAUGGACAAGGAGGAACAUUAAAGAUUUAUGGCGAGACAUUAAGGCCAGACAUUCCUUAUAAAACUUUACUGUUAUCUACUGGAGAUGAUGUGGAAUAUGUCAUCAAGGAGGCUCUAGAAAAAUAUGAUCUGGAUAAAGAAGAUCCAUCAGACUUUUGUCUCUUCCAGGUAUUGGUACCAACUGGAGAGAGAGAAUAUCAUGGAGGAGCCAUUGGUCAAGAAAGGGUGAUGGAAUCACAUGAAUGUCCUCUAGGUAUUGCAAUGAGGUUUCCACCCAGUGAAGGAACAGUCAUGUUUCAGUUAAAGAGACGUCCUGCUGAUGCUAAAAAGACAAAACAUAAAAAGAUCAGAGCCGUGUCUCAUGAGGAUUUACGUCCCACUAAAGACACUAUACCACCUCAUCAAUUACCAUAUCUGGUGGAGUUAAAUCCUGAUGGAUCAGAUAAUCCUAAAGGUAAAGUGUACAGACUGAAUAUGAAGUUUACAGAAGUAGGAACAGAUAGAAAUAUGCUGAUUCAGCUUCAUGGUCCCAAUGUACAGCCACGGCACUGUGUGAUUGGUCUGACUCAGUCAGAUGGUAUUGUUACUAUCACACCAAAGACUCCAGAAUCUGAAACUAUCGUCAACAACCAGCGGAUUCAGGAGACGACAACACUUAGACAUGGAAUGACACUCAGAUUUGGAAAACUUAAUGUCUUUAAAUUUAUGGACCCUCAUUUUGAGGAGAAAAUGAGGAAAGGACAGAUGCCAAUGGAUUUCCAACAGAAACAACGACCUGGACCCCAGCAUCAAUCACAUCCCAAAUUACAUGAGACUAAUUUUGAUGUGGAUGGUAAAGUGGAGUCACAGGGAAGUUCUUCUCCUAGGGGUAGUGAUAUGGGUCCAGAACCUAUGGAGGUUCAACAGAAAAGGCCUCCUCCAGCCAAUCAGGUGUCUCCACGUGAUAUGUUAGAUGGUCGACCGCCACCAUCCAGACAAGAAGAUGCUCUUCCUGCUGUGUUAGAAUUUCGAGAAGAUAAGGAAGAUAGUUUCCUUAGAUCUGUAAUACUGGAAAUCAACUCAUCUGGUACCCAGUUUAAACUGGCUCCGACCUAUACAUCUUACAUGGCAGUAAGAUAUUGUAUAUCUGGUGGAUACAGGCCAGAUAUGUCACCGCACGACAGGGCUCACAGGGUUACGGGACUUGUAAAUAAGAUAUCUAACCUAGUACACCAAGCAGUUCAGAAUAACCGAGAUAACCCAGUAGCAUUAGCUCUAUGGAUGGCUAAUGCAUCAGAGAUAUUAAACUUCUUCAAACAAGACCAUGAUAUCCACCCCUUCAGUCUGGAAGCCCAGGAGAUCCUAGCUGAGUCAGUACAGUUAGCGUUCCAUCACUUAGUCAACUGUCUACAGUAUGAUCUACAGAGAACUAUGACAGCCUUCCUUGACGAGAAUGAUGCUGCUGAUGAUGAUGAAAUGGGAGAAGAUCGUCAGCGUUAUUCAGGUAAACCAACUCUAGGCGAUGUGUUAGACACAUUGUCAUCAGCAAUGAACUUAUUACGUCGAUGUCGAGUAAACGCUGCACUGACCAUUCAACUCUUCUCUCAGUUGUUCCAUUAUGUAAAUAUGUGGUUGUUUAAUGUACUAGUGACAGAAAAAAGAGUGCAGUUCUGUACACGGUCGUGGGGUAUGAGACUAAAGAGACGAUUAGGUAGAGUGGAGGCAUGGGCUGAGAAACAAGGACUAGAGCUGGCAGCAGAUUGUCAUCUCUGUAGGAUUAUUCAGGCUGCCCAUUUACUUGAAGCCCCAAAGACUAUUGCUGAUGAUAUUGCCAAUAUUUGUUCCACAUGUUUUAAACUGAACUCGCUACAGCUACGUGAGUUACUCCAACAGUACAUUCCAGAACCUAAUGAACCACCCAUUCCACAAAACUUAAUCGACCAAGUCGUCAGAGUAGCAGAAAACAUGGAGGAUGAGAAGAUAAAAUCUGACGGACGAGAUGUUCGUCUGGAGGAAGAUCCCGAUUUACAAUUACCAUUCCUACUUCCUGAAGAUGGUUAUUCAUGUGAUACUAUCAGAGGCAUUCCGAAUGGACUGGGAGAAUUCGUCGAACCAUUAGCAAGAGCUGGUGUGUGUAGAAUGGUAGCACAGCCAGGGUCCAGUGGAGAAUGGACAGUCUAUAUGCAUGUAGAUGAUGCUAAUAUAGAACAGGCUAUACGUAAAAACCAACCAAGUCAACCAAACCUUAACCAAAAACAACAUGGUGGAUCUCCCCCAGACCAGAAACCUCCCAUGUCUACGGAACCAGAAGUGGCUGUUAUAUCAUUUGGCAAAGUCAAAGGAAGCAUGGGGCUCAGUAUUGUGGCAGCUAAGGGAGAUAAUCAGAAAGAAAGAGGAAUUUACAUUAAAUCUGUGGUGACUGGUGGUGGAGCUGAUAUUGAUGGACGUUUACAGUCUGGUGAUCAGUUACUAGAGGUUGAUGGGAAGAGUUUGGUUGGAUUAACACAAGAAAGAGCAGCAGAAUUAAUGACUCAUACUGGGCAGACAGUCAAAUUGAAGGUGGCUAAACAAGGAGCAUUUUAUCAUGGACUAGCCACACAACUAAGUCAACCAUCACCUGUGAUGCAGCGAGCAGCAACAAAGAAACCCUCUUCACCUCAGGCGAUCAAGCAUCGUCCAGCUGAUGAAGGACCUCCUCCCUAUACACAGGACGGACUGGACAGACGUUCUAUGCCACCUGGUGGACAUAGAGAACAGCCACCUUUCGACAAACGUCUUCAGAAUGCCGCACAUAGCAGAUCAUCGCCAGCAUUAAAUAAAUACCGCCAUGGUGUGACUCACAAGGACAUGGAAUCAAUCUAUGGAAGGGGCCAGGGGCUAUGGAGGAUUGUAUUAGAAGCAGAACUCCAAGAUUUAAAAUCUAGGUCUCCUAAUGCUAGACAAAGAGACCUUAAAGAACGAAGACAGCGUAGUAAAAGUAUCACAUCUGUUGAAGAGGCCAGAAAAAAUUUCCACUAUGACAAUAGAAAGGCUUCAAAUAACGGCUUAAAUGAAAACAUUCAUGACGAAAUCCGUAGAAAAGCUAAAUUCUUGAUAAAAAGAGACGAUGUUGAUUUACGUCUUAUACAAAAGGAGGUUCAAAAUCUUAAAACAACAGACUUUAAAAAUCCUGUUAAUAAUAAUUUAAUUAGAAAACACAAACGUAGUCAAUCGUUCAGGGAAUUAUCAAGUUCUAAACGUGAACAUAAUUUACCAAAUGAUGACUCUCGAUUCAAUCAAAAUUAUGAUCCUAAUUAUAUGAAAAAUUUGUUCAUUACAAGUCGAGUGAAGAAUGUUAACCACAAUCCCCAAUACAGAUCUGAUAUAAGACAUGUUGUCAACCAGCAGGUUGAACAUAUUCAGGAUAGGUCAAAGCAAAGUAACGGCUAUUCAGGAUACGAGACCACGCAGGAUAGGUCAAAACAAAGUAAUGGCCAGUCAGGAUACGAUACAUUAGAUUCUACUCUGUCUUCUUACCAAUCAUUUAAAGACAAAUGUUUCCGAACAAAUAUUGUCAGUAAUUCUGAUAGUGGAUUCAGUGAGCCAUCGGUCUCUUCACUUAGUCAGCACACUAGUCAGAGAAGUCUGACCAAACCUGUGUCCUCACAUGGACGACGCCAUGUACAAAAACCAGACUAUAGAAGAACAAAGUCAUUAACUUCAUUAGAAAGCUCCCAUAAUUCCAUGUUUGGAUUUAUGAAUAGUACAAUGGCGGAGGAGGACAGAAUGUCGAACAGCAGUUCAAAUAAUUCUGAAUUUGUGUAUAAUGUAAAACAGAACGUGAUUACUCGAAAUCCUAGGAGUAAAUGUAUAACUAAGAGUACAAGAAUUUGUAAGUUUGGGUAUGACGUUGGUCCUGGUCCAGGUCCAGGUCCAGAGAGAAGAGGUCCACCCACAUCAAUGCCUCCAUCACAACCAGAUAGAUUUCAGCAAAGAGUUCCACGAGAAAUAGACCCCAAGUCAAAGUCCAUGGCAAACCUUCAUAUGGAGCAGCCCUAUGAUCCCAGAGACCCACAUCAAAUGAUGAGACCUGCUGCGUCUGUUGGUGCUCUUCAAAAUGCUGGUCAACCAAUCAAUGAUUAUUACAACCAAGGUGACCGUAGGAAUGACCCUAGAGGACAUGAUUAUGAAAAUCACCAAAACUUAGAUGCUAGACUACAGAAAGGUCCAAUAGACCCAACUAGGAAUGAAAGAAACUUUCCUCAAAAUACAAUUGAAAGACAACCUCCAUCAUCACGGACUUCUAAUUCAAGUUACAGAGAUGAACGGCCACAAUCAGCAUACUUUGGACAACAACCUGAACGCCAUGAUUCUAGAACAGAUAGACCUCAUUCUAUGGAGAUCAAUGCUAACAAGGUCCAUGAGUGGCAGCAAAAAUAUGGCAUGGACCCAGGACAAAACUCUCCACAUAAUCAAAGUUUCGAACAUCGAGAUCCUAAUUAUAUGAACACUCGUCCACCUACUGCACAACUAGCUGGAUAUGUAAACCAAGGUGACAUUCCAAAAUUAAAUGCAAACAAUGAGUCAUAUCAGCCAAACUUUUAUGAAAAUACUGUUCCACGACAAAACGAUAAUUCUCCAGCAUUCCAUCAGCUACAGGGACCUGGUAGUCAGUUUGAUAAGUCAAAGUCACUCCCUAAUGUAAACAAACCUCAUGUGGCACCUAAACCUAUGCCACAAAAAAUGCCACAAGUUGACAUUCCAAAAGUAGAAGUUGAUAAUCGUCAAAGUCAACCUCACUUCUUUGAUCCAAGACUACAGGCUACUGAUCAAAGAUCACCACGUACCUCACAGCCUAAUUUCAGUCCAAGUAUGACAGGACUUCCUACAAGCUAUGCAGAAGCCCAUUCACCAAUGAGUCGACCUAUCAAGAAGAUUUCUCCUGGUAGAGAAAUGUAUAAUACACACAGAAGUCCAGAACUUCCUCCACCUCCGCAAGAUAUACCGCCCGAAUUACCACCUCCUCCUGCAAUGGAUGACUUGUCAGAGGAGUUGCCUCCCUUACCGCCACCACCCACGCAGGAAUACCCUGGUCAUGGUGAUCCACAGUAUAUCAACCAGGGAGAUGCUCGUGUUAACUUGAAUGGGCCUCAACCAUAUCAUCAUCCUUCAUUCAACCCUCAUCAACCAACACAUAUGUUUCAGCCGCCUGGUCGACAAGAUAAUCCUCAGAGGAAUGUGGGCAUCACGCAGCCACAACGUCAGCAACCAACAAAAGGCCUGGUCUCACAACCACCACAGAGAUUUCAAACGAACCAUGAUUAUCAGAACAUUACAUACGACAAUAAAAAUCAAAAUCGUUCAUUCGACUCACCGCACCAACAAUCACCUAAUCACGUUGGGUAUGAACAGUACGACCACAGAGCACAAACCUUACCAGGAAAUAUGGGUGGGCUUCAACAGAACAUGAUACAACAGAACCAAAUGUUAAUUCAACAGGGUAAAGUUCGUAUCGUUCAAGAAAUGCAAGAUAGGACAAAAGAUGGAAAAGUUGGUCCAAGUUCUCCUUGGGAUAGAGAAGAACAAGAAAAACAAGAAAAAUUAAAGGAGGAAGAAGUCAUUAGAUCUAGGAAUGAGGAAAUAGCAUUCUUAGAAGCCAAGUCAUACCUGUCACCGCAAGAACAGGAUAGACUGCGGAAGUUACGAUUUGAACAGGAAUUUCAGAGACGUGUUGAAGAGGUAGCUAGUCGUGAAGAUGAUGAUGAUGACUCUGAUACAGAAAUGACAAGAACAUCAAGUGGGCGUGAGUUUUUGAUAACAUCAAUUAGAGAUGAUAUUCAUAAAGCUCAGAAACGAAUGAAAGAUUUAGAAACUAGACACCAUUUUGAGGAAUAUGAGAAAGAAAAGGAUAGAAUGCAAAGACUUGAAAGAAAAUUAGAAAUAUUUGAAAGAGAAAGACAAGAAAGACAGGAGAGGCUUCAGAAACAACAAGAGAGAAAACAGAGAGAACAUGAUGAAUAUUUACGGAAACAAAAGGAGUUACGAGAGAAACAAAGACAAGAAUAUGAAGCCAAUAAACGUGUUCAUAUACAGGAAGCUGAGAAACUACAGCAGAGAAAGGAGGAGGAGCUUCAAAGGAGAAAGGAAAUGGAAAGAGAACAAUUACAGAGAAUGCAGGCUCAGAGGGAUGCUGAGGAGGCAGCACUGAGGGCAGAGGCUAGGAGACGUGAGGAGGAAUACAGACGGGAAGAGAUGGAACGACAGAGGGAGAAAGAACGACAGGAACAAAGAGAAAUAAGAGUUAAUGAAGAAAGAAAGAGACUUGAAAAUAUGUCAAAUAAUAGUCACACAGGUUAUCAACCUUACGCAAACUUGCCAGCUCAGUCACAGUUUGAUAAAGGAGCCCCUCCUCCUCCACAGAGAGGAACGUCGUCGUAUGAAAUGACUAAUCAGUCAUUUGGAAGUCGUUCUAACAUUCAGACCAAUGUUCCAACUAAUAAUGGAAAUAAUUAUCGUGGAAUGUCUACGUCACGUUCACAUCCUGGACCCGAAAUUAGUGCUCCACCUGGAAUGAAUACGAAAAAAUCAGUUUCAUUUAAUACACAACCAGACACUCAUUUGUAUACCCCUCAUGGUUCUCAGUCAUCAUACAGAACAUCGUCAGUUUCAUCCGACACAAACAAUGUUAGUUUCGAACAAAAUAUGCCAUUACCGAGUCAAAAUGAUUCUGUGUUUAAUAAUUCACCACAACAAAAUCAUGUGGAACCUAAAUAUAGAACAUCAGAAAAUACCCCCAGUGUUAUUGGUUCACAGGAAAUAUACAGAGAUCCUAGAAACCGAAUAGCAGCUCAGAAAGAGGCUAACAUUAAAAAGGGGCCUGGGGCUGAACGAAUGUCAUUUAGAGAUAAAAUGAAAUAUUUCGCUGCAGAAGCAGGAGAAAAUACUCCAAAAGAAAAACCAAAAGCUUCACGGACAUUGAGAAAUAUAGAAUCUCAGUUACAUAACGGACAGUGAUCAAAUAUACAGAGGACAGUUUAUUUUUAUAAAGGCAUUUUAUUGGAUUUUUUAAGUUGUCAGAUUAUUUCUUUUUAGUAUAUUUCCAGUAUGUAAAUAAUGAAAUACAAGACUAUAGACACAUCAUAUUGCACACAAGGAUUUUUUCAUGUACUUUGAUUAAAGGUGUUGCUAAAAAGAAAUAGUUCUGAUGUUAUUUCUCUAGAAAAAAGUUUCGUGCUUUCAUAGAAUGAAGAAAAAUUUGGUGAAAAUUUUGCUUUGAAUUUUUCUAGAGAAAUCAUAGAUUAAUUAUAUAUAUAUAACAUGUGAUUUGAUAAGUGUAGGAUAUUAUUUGUCAACUUUUAUAUUACACUGUUACAGAUUGUGAUGUUUUUACUUUGCAAAAUUAUUUUACUUUAUAUUAUUUGGGAUGUUAAUUUUAAUAUGAAAUAGUAUUUUUUUUUUUUUUAAUGUGAAUGGUUGUUUGAAUGAAGGUUGUCACUGCUGGAAUAUUUGUUUCUUAUUUACUGUUGUAAUGUCAUGUUAAUCAUGAAUAUAAUUAUUUUUAAUAUGCAUAAUUAUAUAUACAAAAUAAUACAAAUAAGCAUUAAAUCUUAUACAGAGAUUAUUAUACGGGAAAUGUUCACAAUACUUUUUACAUUGACUGCUAUAUUCUAUUUUCUAUUAGCAACAAUAUUGCAUUAAAAGAAUUCCUUAAACACCGUGUCAAUGAGGGUUAAUAGCAUACAUCUGAUUAUUAACAAUAUUUUAAAAAAUAUCUGUAAGAAAAUUUCUCUAAAAGGAAUACAAUGAAAGGAAGUCAGAAUUUAUGAAAUUAUACAUUUAAGAUUUUUUUGCCCUUAAAUAUGCAUUUUUAAGAGUGCCUUUUUUAGUCACAAUUUUGUUCUUGAGUACAGCAAAUAAUGUGUAUCAUUCUAUUUUAUUAUGUAAAUACAAUGCAUUUUAUUUAUCAAACAGAAAUUUGAUUAGUUGAACAUUAUACAAGUACCAGAAUAAGUGUGUAAAACAUGGUAAAAAAAUGAGUGAAAUGUCUGAAAAUUUAUUUGUUGAAAGUGAAAUUGAAAGGUUGUUAUUUUAUAUAUUGUUUUUUUCUCUUUCUUUUAAAGGUGUAUAUAAGUAUAAUUAUCAUAUGUAUAUAUGUAAAUAAGAAACAAAUUUUAAGACAUUACAUAUAUAUAUUAUAUAUUCCACAUACAUUACAUUUCCAUCGUUUACAUUCUAUAAAUCUAUAUAUGUUAUAAUAGUACUAAAUUUAUGCACCAUUAUCAAGCUUUUGUAUUUUAUUUACUCCUUUGAAGGAGCACCUUUUAAGAAAUUAUGGAUGUAAGAUCAGGAUAUGAAGGUUGUAAAUCUAUGUAAAAUGAAUAUGUGUUUCUUAAUUAUAUGCAUUACAUAACUGUCCACUUCAAAUUAGUUUACUAGUAUUUUCCACAUAUUCUCCCAUACAUAAUUAUGAAUUUUACCAAAUUAACAGUUUCAAGUCACAUGUCUUGGAUAGAAGCCAGUGACAACACAAUAAAGUAUCAUUAUAAAAAGAUAUGAUACAUAAAUUAGAAUUAAAUAAACUUCAAUAUUCAGGACAAGUAUUUUUUUAUUCUCUCCUUCAUGGAACACACAAGCUGUACAUUUUAUUUAUUGUUUUGGUAUCUGAAUUUGAUUUACCCUGUGUAAUCUGGAACACCUGUACAUUGUAAAUCAAGGUGUCCAUACUAUACAGGUAGUAUAUAUUGUGACAUAAUUUCAUAUUAACCAAGUUGUUUAACAACUGCAUAUCUCAUAUCAUGUGCUAGGUUGGUGAAGUAUAGGUUUAUUUAUGCAGUGCUAGGAUACCAUGUAGACAUUGGAUUUACACAGUAGAAUUUUAUUAUUUUUGAUAUUUGAAUUUAGGAAAGUUUAUAACUACAAUAUGGAAUAAAGAAACUUGUUUUAUAGUUCAAAUGAAAAUAAAAUUUUCAAAUACAUGUAAUAGGUCAGAUUAAGUGUGAUCAAAUUCUAUAUUAGCAUAUUUAGAUAAAUUCAGUAUUAUAAAGAUACGUUUACAUUUCCAGUUUAUGGAGAUUUAUAAACAAUAUAAACUGGUUUAAGUUAAUUUUAUAUGCAGAAACAAAUACACCUUACUAAAUACUUAGGGAGGACUGAAGAUUGUACCAUUUCUCCCUGAGAUAAAACUUAUAUUUUGUAGUGUUCAUUUAAACAUAAACUUGAAGGUAUUCAAGAAAAUUAUUUAAAAUAAGAAGAAUUCAUGUUAUAGUUUCUAAUGCCAUUUUCUCUAUUUUUUCUAUACUAGUUUCAAUCCUUUCAUUGUUAGCACCUUUUGCUUUUGAUUGGACAAUGUAUUUCUUUAUUGUUUGUCUUCCAGUCAAAUAAUUAUUUUUCUCCAAACAAAUAUAUCCUUUAAAUUCAAAGCAUUAUAAAUGAAUAAUAAAAUUGAAAUUAACAUAAGACAAACAAAUAACUUAUAGGCAAGGAAGGAAGUUAUAUUCAGUUAAAUUUAAGAAUGAAAUAACAGUUUGAAUAACAAUAUUCACAAUUACAAGCAUGUCCUUGCUUCCCUUUUGUCAUAGAUGGUGGAAUGAUAUACGACUGACUACCUAUCUUGCUUGUAAACAUUACUCUUCAUGCUUGCCAAAAUUAUUUCGGAUUUUCUUUUUAUAUAUGUGAAUACUAAAAAUAAAUGUUCACUUUUGCAACACUACAGCUCAGAUAUUUGAUAGUCAUCUAAAAUCUGCAUCAGUUUCCCAAUAUGAUUACAUAUCCAGAUUUAAGUUCCAUGUAAUAAUAAUUGAAUAAACUGACCACCAAAUUCAAUUGAAUAAGAUAUGACUAUUUUACCACAUAUCUCACCAUAAAAUUUAAUUCUACAAUGUGAUUUUGUUACCACAUAUCUGACCAUAAGUUUCCACAAUGUGAUUAUUUGACCACAUAUCUGACCACAAGUUUCCACUAUGUGAUUAUUUGACCACAUAUCAUUAAAGUACAUGGUUGUGACACUCAUUCAUUGGUUGUGAACUUUGUACAUGAAACAAACAUGUUAUUGAUACUAGCAGUAAUACUAAAUAAAAAUAUAAUAUAUCAA